ACCGGUUGCUUCACAUUUGGCUCACUUUGUGCGGUCGCGCCUGUAGGCAGGUAAUAAAUUUCAUGUCCAGAUCGAGAGUGGUGCAGUUUACUCUAACUUCCAUCGGUAUCGGAGCACCGGUUUCUCAUUGAGCGCUUCUUUCCUAACCAAGCAUUAUUUUGUUGCGUGACCUUUCGAUUGCAGCUGCUUUGUGCUGGUUAGAAAUAUCGCAAUAACGAUGCCUGUCAGAACUGCUUGCUUCACUGUGGCCGCACUUUUCCUUACCACAUGUAUCGGAGGUGCGUCCGUUGGCGCCACCGCGACGCAGGCCGAAGAGGACGAAGGUAUUUGCACUGUUUUGCUGACAUGUCCCAAUGCCGCCCACGGGACGCUGUUCAAGGAUACCGGCAGUUGGUGUUGUCGCAACCGCGACCGCACCAUGUACUGCUGCGACUUUGCGGACUAUGUACACAAUCGAACCGGUUUGUCCUUGGCCGUCAUCAUCGGAAUCAGCGUUAUCGUAGUGGUCGUGACCUUGUUAGCGGUGCUGGUAUUAGCCUGUUGUUGUGGAUGCCGCUGUCUGGAAAGCACCUGCGACAACUUAUCCUGGGCCACACGAAGAAACGAUCCAUCUCCAGCAGCGAGGUCCGCGUUUUUCACUCCAAGCCGCUACCCUUAGGCGUCUGCUAGGUGUUGACCCUUAGCCAAAUUUUUCUCUAAUGAGUUUCAAAUUUUAGCUGUUCUUUGCAUACACUGAACGGUCUGAACCAGAAUAGUCAAGAGCAGUAUAAAAACUAGCAAAAAAAAAGCAAAAGGCCCCUUGUUUUUGUUUGUCAUGCUGUUAAACAAUAAAUCAUCACCA